AUGGCCAAAUUCCGGCCUAGCAACAUCCUAGGCGAUCCGUUCGCGCUCAUGACCGUCUCGAUUUCGAUUCUGGCAUGGCUCAUUGCUUUCAUCUCAUCUAUCAUCGCGGACGUGCAAACCGAAUAUCCCAACUACUCAUGGUGGGCCAUCUCUUACAUGUUUUGUGUCAUUGUGGGCCUAGUCACGACCUUUGGCACUGACACGGGCCACGUUUAUGGCGUCGCAAUCGUCGGUUACCUUGCCUGUGGCCUCGUCCUAACAUCCACGAGCGCAAAUAACCUGAUCUACGGAAAACAAGCCUCCAUGCAAGCCGCAGGCGCAGGCUUCAUCCUCCUUUCCAUGAUCAUCAUCCUCUGGAUCUUCUACUUCGGCUCCACCCCUCAGGCCACCCACCGCGGCUUCAUCGACUCCUUCGCCCUGAACAAGGAACAGCCGGGCGAGCCCUCCUACCGCGGCAGCCGCCCAAUGUCCAGCACAUUCGGCGCCCGCCCAGAUACCAUGGCAACCAACAACACCCCGCAGAUGUACACCUCUGCCCAACUAGGCGGCUUCGAGACCUCGUCCCCUGUCUCCGGAUACCCUGGUGGCGCGCCCGGCGCCGAACGAUCGUCCUCUGCGCCUCGCUUUGGUACGCCCAAUCCCCCGACUCCGGGUAACGGCGAGCAAGAAGUGGGCGAAGUGCCUCAGCCAACGGAAUACCCUUACCGGGCCAAGGCUAUCUACUCAUAUGACGCCAACCCGGAAGACGCCAAUGAAAUCAGCUUCGCCAAGCACGAGAUCUUGGAAGUAUCCGAUGUGAGCGGCCGAUGGUGGCAGGCUCGGAAGCAAAAUGGAGAUACUGGCAUUGCGCCCUCGAACUAUCUGAUCCUUCUGUGA